AUGGCCACCUUCUACUCCUCUUUCUUCUCUUCCGGUCUCCUCGCCCACGAGCACGCCCCGCCCGAGUCGUCGCCCGCCACUCCCCGCCAGACCGCAGACCCCUUCCUCGUCGACCCCGACACCACGCCCACCGCCUUUGUUUUUGGUUCCCGCGCAGCUGUCCCACGUGCGACCACCCUCCCCGUCGUCGCAGAGGCCAUCGCAAAUGCACGCCCCACCCUCCGCCGUCGACGCUCCUCCCUCAGCACGAACGCGUCCCCGCUCGCGUCCAUCAAGACCACCGCACCGCGCGCAGCACGCCAGUCUCUCCUCGUCUCCCGCACUCGCUCUGGCAGCGACGCCACCUCCCGCCCUCCAUCGUCCGAACGGCCUCCUCUGCCAGCACGCAUGCGCAGCGGCAGCCUCGGCGGCGCUGCCAUCCGCAGCGCGCGUCGUGCGUCACGCACUCUCGCGCCCCCGCUCCCUGCGCCCGCACCGACGGCCCCGCUGCCGCCACCGCCAUCUGCUCUGCCGCUGCCUUCCAUUACGACGACCCAGCCCCCCUCCACCCCGCCCUCGCGCCGGCCUCUUGCACGCCGCGCAUAUACUCUCGAUAAUGUUCUGUCUGUGCCUAUGCCGUCUCCGUCGCUUUCGCCGUCCCUUGCGCCCGACGAAGACAUGGCCGACGUCCUGUCCGGCGCCAUCCCCUCCAGCCCUGGCUAUGAGCCUGCCAUUGAGCGCUGUGGCGAGCGCCUCACACGCAUGCAGGUCGACUACCCCAGUCCCGUCGACGGAGGCCGCUUCUGGUGCGACGACGCCCCAAAGGACAACUGA